AUGCAACUCACCUCCAGUCUUUUCCAGCCGCAGUUCCUCGACGUGGACGCAAUGAUCAAAGGGAGCAUCCAGAAGGCCGUGAUCCAGCUGGAGGACAAGAAGGACAACAGCUGGCGUGCAACGGAGAGAAUCAAGAUCCUUCACAACUUGCUUUUCCACAGUCAGAGUAGCGUUUCCAGCCACUUUAUGACCAUCCUGAAGAAGAGAAUUUGUUACCUCCUACAAGAACGAGAGAAACCGAUCCACGAGCCAAGGGGGUGGAUUUUCCGCCGGGCUCUUUCUACCAGCUUCAUCCUGGAAGACACAUCGUUCAGGAAAGCGCUCUGGAUGUACCUGGAAGACAUCGUGGCGAACGUCUUUGCCCAAAUUCUCGCCGUGGUGGAUGCCAACAACAACCUGGAUCACAUCUUUCAAGGCGCUCCGCUCGCGGAACUGUGGCUGCAGAUGUUCCAAGAAGAAACAGUCCUAAAAAUUAAAUACACCAGCAAGCCGGCAGAUGCGAAGAUUUCCGUGUUGUCCAUGACGGAAGACCCCAACACCUCCCUCUUCUGCCGGUUCCCGUUCAGUUGGGUUUUGAAAGCCUACCUGGACGACAUAUGGGAGAAGGUCUAUCAUAUGAAAGAUAAGCCCAAGAAGCCAACGAAGGAAGUGGUCAGGUUCUACCAAGCCUUCAUCAAGAACGUCUUGAUGCCAGAUGGCAGCAAUCUAGACGUGCUACGCUGCUACAUCGACGACUUUCUCAGGAUGGCUUUUCCUCGACAAGAUCCCUCUGUCUACGAGAUUCUCUCAAAAGUUUUCCUCGCCAACGCAACACAACUCUGCUUCUCCGUGGGCGGGGGGGAGAUGGGCUUUUCCCCCGUUUGGCUUCACGUAGAAUAUUUCUACCUCCGAGAUGAUUAUCAGCUCUUCGUUGACAUAGCAAAAAGCAACGACGCCGUCGUAGGCGAGUUGCAGGCGAUGUAUGAGAAGACGCCCCCAGAAAUGUUUGUCACUCUCGAUGCUUUGAACAUUCUCCUGAAGAAAGUGCAGCCCUCCGAAAAUGGGCUUUUGCCCUUUGACGCCUGCAUAGCGUGGCUUGAAAGCGUCAAGUCCAUCAAGCCCUGGGUGGAGUGGAUCAGUCUGGACAACUACCAGCUUCAGUUCUACCAGAAGAAGAAGGAACUCCUAGACAGUGUGUUACAUCGCUGGACCUGCACCAACAUCGUCUACAUGUUGAUUGACCACCUGCUGCACAACGAGACACAAAUAGAGGAGAAACUCCUGAGGCUGGUGGUGAAGCAGUUCAUCUUCCUCUGGAAUCGCCUCUACGCGAGCCAGCGAUUUGAGCCGGAGAAGACUUUUGAUUUGGUGACAAAAGUGCUGAAGAAAUGCAACGAGAACGCUGAUGUUGUGUAUCUGGUGAAAGGUGUGAAGGAAUGCAAGAGCUGCCUGCGGGAGAUCACAGACCCGGCCGAGCUGCCCUGCAGCCACAUCUUCUGCGCUCGCUGCAUCCUGGAGUGGACAAACAAGCAGUGUAAGAUCUGCAAGGAGGAAUUCCCGGAGGAUUACACACCCACGGCUUCGGAGGCCACAAGGGAAGCUGUCGCCUGUCACAACAAAUUCAGGAGGAAAUGCAAUUCCUUCUUCAUUGAGUUCAUUGCUGUGUACUUUUUGGGAGACAGAGAGGCACCGUCUGCCAAAAUCAUUCAGCGACUGAUACAGUUUGUGGCUUGCAAACCCAGCCCCGAGCAUCAGGCGGGGAAAAGGGUGUACAAGCCGAAAAGCGAGCUGUCGCCCUUCGAAGAGUGCAUGGACACGAGUCCUACCGUCCAGUCCUCCCUCCUGAAGCUGCUGCUGCGAUGCGGGUUCAACAACGUCAAGGUUCACUUGGAAGAAUACCUGUCCCAGAUGGAGGAGAAGAUAAUAUCCAACCAAAGUAACAUGGACCACUUCUACUUCAUGGUGGUGCACUGUCUGGAGGAUUUUAUGUAUCCAUCUUCUGAAGAAGACGUCAGCCAGCUUGCUGAAAACUGCCUCUCCACCGCAGACCUAUCUGCUUUCUGUGAGCCCGACAUCUCAAGAAUUAACACCCUCCAGUUCAUCGCGCAGCUCCGGCUCUCCAUCAGCCACGUGGCCACUGUGCUUGCCAGACAGAUGCUUUCCGCUGCAGAUCCCAACGCGCCCGCUGCCGAGGGGAAUGAGAAAGAGCAAGACCUGGUGAACGCGAUGAAGCGGCUGGUUGCGAAGGCUCCGACUCCGUGGCCUCAGGUGUUCCUCAUCAGGAAUCUCUGUGACAUCUGUGGGCUCGCCUCCAUGUGGAAGAUCCUCCAGGUGGAGAAGUGGAUUUUACCCCAAGGGGUAGAAAUUUCGCAGGACAGAAGCACCUGGUCAAAUACAGCACAGAUGUUUUUGGUGCUGGACAAAGCCCAAAACCAGCUAAAAAGCAAAGAUUCCACAGAAAACCAGAGCUUGACUUCUGUCCUGCGACAAAUGGAGAACAUCCUCCGGUUGCCGUCCGUCCCGGAUGAGCUGCUGGAAGACAAACUGAGGAAGAUCAUGGAAGCGUUGGGUGACAGCGAAGACCCAGGCCUGCUGGAGCUGGUCUUCCACGUUGCGCUCGUUCUGGUCUUGUUCCCAAGCCGCAUCACUCACCUCUUCAGGAACAUCUGCUUCAAGCCUGACAUGGUGAAGGGCUCCUACCUUCCCACCAUGCCCGGAGACCUGCUUUUUGACGAGGGGAACUGGAAAAUUGGUACAUCGGAAAAGAUUUGGACUUGUCAGUGCGGCUCGUACUGGAUCGUCACCCGCUGCGGGUUUCCCAUGGAAAUGAAGAAAUGUCAAUGCGGUGCUGUCGUCGGCGGAGCUAACCACAGACCUGAGGCAGGCUUCACGCAGAAGGAAAUCACCAAGGACAAAACGGAGAAAGGGUACGUCCUUGAGAGCCCCGGCUUGCGGAGAAACGAGGUGGAGAGGUGCCUGUCUCCUGCCUGCGUCGGUCUCGCGAGAGCUCUGCUCCAUUCGUCCCUCCUGCUGGGGAUCCAGGUGGACAAACAGGCGAUUCGAGACCUGAUGAAAGAGCAACCGGAGGACAUGGAAGAGUUCUUCUGGGGCCACCUUCGGAAAGACGCGGCGUGCCUGGCGGAAGCGCUUGGCAGGAACACGGAGGACGCCGUGUUGACUGUCCAUCUGUUUCUACGGCACCUGAGCAACGACAACCUAGAAGACGACAGCGCAGCCUUGAGCGUCCUGCGUGAGAAAAAGGACCGAGAAGAUUGGGAAACCUCCUUCAAAACCCUGGCUCAGCCCUUUUUCCAGGAAUUGGAGCAGACCCUUAAUUCUGUCAAGGAGCAGAGGAUGAACGAAGGUCCUGGUGGCUCCAGCGUCCUCCUGAAAAUAGCUUAUGGCCAGACACCGCCUUUCCAAGACCUGCCAAGCCAGGGAUUGAUCAACCAGCCCUGCAUGUGGAGAUUUGAACAGAAGAUGACCAUCCAGACCCUGAUGCAUUUCCUGCAGCAGGAAGAUAGAGCAGGCGCUGGAAAUCCGUACCCCAUUCUACUGGAGGUCCUGUCGAAGCUGGAGAACAUCUCCCACGUCCGACACCUGCCCGACAUCUUCCGUCUGCAGAACGCCCUGAUCCACUUCUUCCAAAACAGCCACAAAGGGGAAAAGUACACAGUCCGGCAAUUCCUGGACCAGCCUGAACUUUCAGAGGACCAGCGUUUGGCUUUCAGCAGAGCUAUAGAGACGAUCCGGAAAGUUUGGAGCAAUAUUAAGAUGAACCCGGCCAGCUCAGGUGCUCUGAAGCUGAGCUGCUUUCUGCCGUGA